AUGUCGAACACCUCCUCUACCCCCCCAGGUCUGAGGGAUACGUCAAACCUGUCUUUCAACAUCUAUGACAGCGAUAGCUCAGUGGAACUAAGCUCUCCUAUUCAAAAUAGAGCUGUCACGCGCAGCGAAUCUAUUGGACGUGGUAGACCUACCAAACGUGGCCAACCUACCAGACGUGAUCGAGCUACUAGGCGUCGUCGAGUCCGUCGUCGCUCUUCCCCUACUCCGGCUCGGCGUUCCCUUUCAGAUAAUCCUAAGGAUCAGUCUACGGACACGCUCAAUCCAACUAUCAAUACAGAUGCUUCUAUUCGAGGUGGCAUAGUCACAGACAGCGGAACUCUCCGAGAGGCAACUCCCCCGAAUGAGAUUUUAACUGUAGGAGAUCAGGGUGAUAGUAUGGCAUUUGCUCAAGUGUCAAGCACUUUCAUCCACACAAGCCAAGAAGCCAGCGAUUAUGAAAGAAGUGAUACUUUGGAAGCCAGCCUGGGAAAUACUUACAAUUUUUUCCAAUCUAACAUUCCUAUUGGAAAUUAUGAUCAUUCCAAGCAUGCAAUUUCCCCACACGGAGACACUCUGGCCGAUGUUGACAUGAACGGUUUGAAUCGACAGAACAACCAGCCUGCAGCAAGUCGCCCUUCUACCCCAAUCUACAAUCCCUUUGGUCCUCUUUUUGGAUUUGAGAAAGGAGUCAUGUACAACGAGCUGCACUUCAGCGAUUCACAAAAUACUUCGAUUCAGGGGGAGACAAAAGCUACUGUUGAUCGAGGAGAAACUUUCAACCAUCUUGAGAUCCUCAGUCCCGCCAUCCGUCAAGUCCUUGAUCAAAUUUAUCCACCUAGAGACGACUUUCACCGAACCAAUGAUUUUCAUGUGUGGUUUUUCUCUCAUGCUAGAUGCCAUGAUCCUUUGGCCCCCUAUUGUUCGGCUGACAAAUUCGAUGACUUCAUGAAGGCUUACAAUAAUUGGGUUUGGGACAACUUCACUUUAUUGGAAAGAUUCUAG